AUUCAUUUCUCAAAAUAUAUGGUACCCGUAGGCCGUAGGAUUUUUCUAUUCUCUACCCAGCUGUCUGUGGAUCAUUCAGUAACACGUCUUUCUUUUAAUAAUUUCCAUUUCUCCUCUAUGGAGCAAGCACAUCAGGACAGACUACAGAGCAUUAACAUAGUCUCUAUGACGCUAUGAAUCCGUCCAUGUGAGCUCGAGCUACCGAGUCAUAUAGCAAAAACACAAUCAAUCUAUCUCAAAUCCAACUCUCUUCGCAGUCAUAUUCAGAUCGGUUAGCUCAUAGAAAUGCUCUUUCUCGCAACAAUGGAUUUGAGUCGCAAUUUCUGGCUUUCCAUUUUUAUGCUCUUCUCUCUUUCAAUAUUUGCUGCCCAUUCUGCUUCCAGUUCUAUCUCAGAUGGUGUUUAUGCAUCUCAAUCUUUCACAGGGAGGAACCUCCUUCAGAAUAAGAAAGUCACAGUUCCCAUCCGGAUAGAGAAGCCAUCUUAGCCCCAACAAUAUUCCACUUCGUGCAGGCUCAUUACUUCCCCCACUUAAUUGUCCUUUCAAAUCCAACUUAUAAGCAAUCAUGUGGAUUGCAAAAACAAAAACAACCUAGUAAAAUCCCACGAAAGUAGGGUCUGAGGAGGGUGUGCAUGUGCCUACCUUACCUCUACCCAAAAGUGGUGGGGCUGUUUCCGAAUCUGCAUCGCGACAAGAAAAUAAUAAAUUAAUUGAAAAGUUUAUUGGCCCAUACAAGGUGAUCCAUCGCAUAUCAAUUAGGGUUGCAUGAGAGGCCAGAGGUGUGAUGCUUUUCAUGUAUUUGAAAGUCUACGAGGGUACCCGCCCACAACAGUUCCAAAAUUACCAGUUAGAGUAUAAACCACUGUGCCGCUGUGCUACAACUUGAAAAAACACUCGACUCACGAUCAACGCGUGAAGGAGGUGAAGUUUAAUUUCUUGCGAGACCAAACGUGUGGAGGAUGCCGCUUGAAAAUAUAUCAAGCCAUUCCACAUUUCCACAUCAUAUAUAAACACAAACGAUCAUA